GAAGAAGCUAAACAAGAGCUGAUACAACUGAGGGAUUCCUGUGAAGAAAAGUCAACUUUGAUAGGCAGUUUACAGAAACAGAUCACAGAUAUGACAUCAGAGUAUCACUCUCUACAGAACAAAUCUCGCAUGGUA